UACUAGUUUGUUAAGACACUAUCUUGCUUACAUUCUUAUACGUAUCUAACGCAAUGGAAAUUCUUAGUCAAGAUGAAAUACAGUUAAUUGCAAAAACCUGUGGCUAUUCAACAGUACUAAAUUGGACAUUUGAAGACUUAACAGAUCAAUGUAUUGGAUAUCUUGGUGAUCACCUAAAACUGAUUAUCGAAGUGAAUGAAAAUGGGACCACAUCAAAAUUAUAUCUGUUUGUUAAGUGUAUGCCGCGAUCCGACAAGUGGAAGAAUGCGUAUCUCGAGGAGCUUGGAUUUUUUAGAAAGGAAUACGUCAUGUUGAGUGAACUAUUUAAAACAUUUGAAUAUUACUCAGGUCCACCAGAAUGGCGUCCUAAAUCAGUGUAUAUCAAAAAAGAUAUUUUUGUAUUCGAGGACGUCUCACGUAUGGGAUACAGAAUGCCAAAUCAUCAGGAUACUAUGACAUUUGGAGAAAUCAAAGCGUGUGUUGAAACGUUAGCUAUAUUUCACGCCGAAUCAUUCAAUUAUGAGGACAGCAGACAUACAGAGGGAAACAAGUCAAUAUGGGAAUUAUAUAAGUCUUACUUGCAAGAACCUAGCAGUGGACAAAACUGGCGGGACACUGGAAGGAAUGCAGUAAUUGAAUUUCUUAAAGUUUUUUCUAAGUACAAAUCUAAACGCAACUUUACUAACUGCAUCAAUUCAAUACUACCAAAACUUUACGACACUGCAAUGGAUCUUAUGCAGCCCAGCAAAACUUUUUAUAAUGUGGUAGUGCAUCGCGAUCUUUGGACUAAUAAUAUAUUUAUAAAAAACGAAAACCAAAACUCCGCUUCCCACGCAUUAUUUGUUGAUUACCAGACUGUUCUAUAUUCAUCUCCGAUGCUUGACCUGUCAUCUCUCAUAUGUUUCAAUACUACAAGAUGUGACAGAGAUCAAUGGACCACUGUCUUGCUAGAUUUUUACUAUGCCACUCUUUCUGAGAGAGCACACUGUGAUAUUGGUGAAAUGUUUGAUAUAACUUCGCUAAGAGACGAAUAUAAGAAAUGUAUGGUAUUUGGAUUGACGCAGGCUGCUCUCAUUACGCCGAUCGUAGCUAUGAGUAAAGAAAAAAGGAAACAGAUAUUUUGCAACGAUGAAAUAUCAAAAAGAGUCAACGAAGUAACUCGGAGUCAAGAGUUCAUAGAUGUAGCAAAUGAAGAUAAGAAAUAUCGAACGAGAGUAACAGAAUUAUUUGAUGAAAUUGUGGAAAGAUAUGUAUUUCCUGAUGAUUUUGAAAUUGCUUUUUGAGUAUUAAAAGUAGUUUUGGUCACGGAAGCUUCGUCUUACCGCAAAAACGCCACACGAAAAUAAAUUACCUACGAUGAGUGUUUCUCAUGUAGGUAACUCACCUAUAGAUCUUAUAGUAAUAGGAGGUAGUCUAGUGUGUUAGGUAUCCAGGAGACGGAGAUAUAUAUUUCCCGCGUACCUAACACAUGAUUGUAUUGUAAUUCGAGAACAAUUUAAAAAAAAGAAAACGACUUCAGCUUUUGGACCAACUUGUAUGUGUGUGGGCAGAUGUAGGUAUACCUAUGUGAUGACAAUACCGUCAAUACCUACCCAGUUGGUGUUUAUUUUGUCCCAAAUAGUAACCUAUAUUUACAGUUUUCAUUUCUUUUAGCGAGAUGCUAAUGUUUCUCUUGUGUUCUUUCUAAAAAAUGAGGUAGGUACCUAGGCAUCACAUUAAAUUAUGUGAAGUUUUUUUUAAUGGUAAACUCGUGACCCGCCCCCUCUUCCCAUGAGUAUAAAUUAUAUGAUUAAAACCUUAUUCUUGUACUUACACGUAAUGUAUAUGUUACGGCUAAAGCCCGAAGUGCGGCUACAGCUACUUAACCGGCCACUUGCAGCUAAUCCUAAUAGUAUCCUCUCAUCUUCGGUUAGAACUUGAUGCAGCCUUCAUCAUAAAUCCUCAAAUGAAAAUUGAAUAGGUAUUGGUAAGGAUGGUGAGACGAACAUAAAUUAGGGUAGUAGGUACAUACAAACAUGUACAACAGUUCAUGAGGAAGUCUAUAACGGAGUAUAUAAAGAAGUACCUACAUAGGUUUAGUGCUUUAUGUACUCCGUUAGUUGUGUUUUAUAUACGAGUACUUUCUUCUUUACUAAAGUAUGUACUUUAUGUAUUCCGAUAACUUUAGCCACGGCCGUGGCCAUGACGAGGGAUAUAAGUUCUACCUAGCUACCUAGUUCUCACCUAAGAAUGCAUAUAUUAGGGUACAACUAGGUUUAACUGGAUACGGCCGGUUAAAAUUAGCUGUAGCCGGUUAAACUUAGGUGAAACACCAUGCGUUGCCGUACGUUUAGUGGUCCAAUGUUGGAACGGCCAACGGGCUAGGGCUAGCUAGGUGGAAUAAACUUAUGCAAUUCCGCCCCACACUCUUCUACAUCACUACCAAAUAGGGAUUUCACCACAGUAACAGCGAUGAGGAGGUUUAAUAACCAACCGCACUCUAAAGUCCGGUUAAGCAGUGCACUUCAUGGUGAGAUGUCGUUAACUCGUUACGGGUAGUCAGAAGCCAGUAAGUCUGACACAAGUGUAACCAGGGGGUAUUGGGUUGCCCGGGUAACUGGGUUGAGGAGUUCAGAUAGGCAUGUCGCUUCUUGUAAAACACUAGAUGGUACCUAAUCAGCUGAAUCCGUUUAGACUGGAAGCCGACCCCAACAUAGCUGGGAAAAGGCUCGGGAGGUGGGAAGGCACGGCGAUAUACCAUAUAAAAAAAAUCGCACUCUAUGCUAGCGCAAGAAAACGAGCAGUUAAAUCAUGAACUUAUAUUAAAUAUAUAAUUUAAAAAUAUUAAAUUAUUCUAGUUUUUAGUGAAAAUAACUCAUUGGUCUGUCAGUUAUGUCGAGUAUUUUUAAAUUAAAUAAAUAUUUAUCAGUACUGUAAACACCCACUUGUUUUAUCUCCGUGUUUAAAUAAGAUAUAUUAAUUAAACAUGUAACCAGCUACUAUUUAUUGCCCUGCGAUAAAAUGAUUAGUA